GAUGCAGGGUAAGGACAUGCAUAUCCUUUACCUGAACAACAAUGUCUCCUUCAGCAGCAGCUCUUGUCCAAGUCCUUGGAUUUCUCUGCUCAUUCUUUUACAUUCUAUCUUACAUCUCAUCACGGCUAGAUGGAAGAGGAAAACGGAGACUGCCUCCUGCUCCCCGAGGCUUACCGAUCAUCGGUAACCUACACAUGUUAGGGAAGCUUCCUCACCAAGCCCUUUAUCACUUGGCCAAAGUAUAUGGUCCCAUGAUGUCAAUAAGGCUAGGCACCGUACCAGCCGUUGUGAUAUCAUCCCCUCGAGUCGCCGAGCUUUUCCUCAAGACACAUGAAACCAUUUUCGCAGGCAGGCCAAGAAUCCAAGUCGCGCAAGUAUUUUCAUAUGGUUUCAAGGGCAUGGCUUUCGCAGGAUAUGGAUCGUACUGGCGCAGUGUCAGGAAGUUGUAUAAUGUCCAACUUCUUAGUGUAUCGAAAAUUGAAUCAUUGGCACCGAUGAGGAGGGAGAUGGUGAGUUUGUUGGUUGAAUCUUUGAAGAAAGACGCAGCAGCACAGAAAGUGGUUAACCUCAGUGAAAAGUUGGGAGCGCUAAUUGAAGACAUGACUCUGAGAAUGGUCAUAGGGCAUAUGAAGUAUGACCAAUUCAACCUCAAGGAGCUUGUCCAAGAGGUUACGAGCUUAGCAGGAGCUUUCAAUCUAGCAGAUUAUGUACCUUUUCUUGGUGCUCUCGACCUACAGGGACUCAGACCACGAAUAAAGGCAGCCAGUGGAGCACUCGACAAAGCCCUCGAGAACAUCAUUGACGAGCAUGAGCUGAAGAAUAUUCAUGAACAGCAAAAGCAACAGAGGGAUUUCGUCGAUCUGAUGCUUACCAUGUUAAAUCAAUCAAUGAAUCCCCAUGAUGAUCCAAUGUAUAUAGUUGAUCGAACAACCAUCAAAGCUAUCAUAGUAGACCUAAUUACAGGUGGCUUGGACACUACAACCACCACAAUCGAGUGGGCAGUAACGGAACUCAUAAGGAACCCCAGGGCAAUGCAACACCUCCAACGAGAGUUACAAAGCUUUGUUGGGAUUUAUAGAACGGUGGAGGAAAUUGAUUUGCCAAAACUAACAUACUUGGACAUGGUUGUGAAGGAAACUCUAAGGCUUCAUCCAGUUGCACCUUUGUUAGUUCCACAUGAGUCCAUGGAGGAUACAACCAUUGAUGGAUAUUACAUACCAAAAAAGUCGAGGAUCUUAGUGAAUGUUUGGGCAAUCGGGCGAGACCCUGAUGUUUGGUCCAACAAUGUUGAAGAAUUCUUUCCAUAAAGGUUCAUUGAUAGUAAUAUAGACCUUCGAGGACAUGAUUUUGAGCUCAUCCCAUUUGGAGCAGGCCGUAGGAUGUGCCCAGGAAUGAAAUUAGGCCUAACUACUGUGAAAUUUGUUCUAGCUCAAUUGGUGCAUUGUUUUGAUUGGGAGCUGCCUGAUGGCAUGUUGCCUGAAGAACUGGACACCAGUGAGAAAUUUGGUCUUUCAUUGCCGAGAAGCACUCACCUCUAUGCCAAACCAAUCUAUCGCCUGCUUGAAAAAAGUAUGUGAAGUACAGCACCAACUCAAAAGCACAUAUGGCCAAUUGAGUUUCUUCUUGGAUGCCUCUGCAGAUGAAGAAUAAGAGAGGGGCUUGAGAGAAGCCCGGAAGAAAUCAGAAAUUCUAUGCCUUUAAGAUUUAGAAUUUAGAAUUUAAAGUUUAUAAUUUAUGAUUCAGAGUUUAAAAUAUAAAGUUUUAAAAAUAAAAGGCUUUUUGGUUGAAAGUGUAAAAUUAGAUAUAUAAUGUAAAAUUAU